GAGAGAGGGAGAGGGGAGCGAAUGGAGCGAAUGGAAUCCGGUGGGGAUCCGCUCAAGUAGCCCAAUUCCCCAUUCCCCAUUCCCCAUUCCCAUUCCCCUUUCUCUCUCUCUCUCUCUAAAUACUUCUCUCUCUCCCCAUCCAUUCCCUUCCUCUCUCUCUCUCUCUCUCUCUCUCUCGCGCGUUCUACACCAUUAUCCACCCAUUCGCCUCUCCUCCCCCCUCUUUCUCUCCCCCUUUUUUCUUUCUUUCUUUUUUUUUCUUCUUUUAUUAAUUAUUUUAUUAUUAUGAAUGAUUCCUUUUCUUCUCCACCCACCUUUUCCUCUGAGGAAAGGAAAUGCUCGUCGCUUCCUCCUCUCAAUUAUUAUUAUUAUUUUUAAUUAAUUAAUUAAUUAAUUAAAUUCAAAAUUUCCUGCUGCUCGCUGCCCUCCUCCUCCGCCCUCCUCGUCCGUCGUGCCUGCUGCUGGAAGUUGGAAGCGAGCGAGAGGGUUUGGAGGAAUUUAGGGGGAAUCCGACGGCGGGCGGGGGCGGAGGCGGGGGAGGAGGGCGGGGGUCGACGGAGCCGCCGGGAGGAGACGGGAUCGGCUGCCUGGCCGGGCUGGAGUGCCUGCUGGAGCUCGUCAGGGCCCUCCGCAUGGGCUCCUGUCUGUCCCUCUCCUCCUCCUCCGAAUCCUCCCCCUCCUCCGAAUCCCCCUCCUCCCGCCGCCUCCGCAAGCCCGCGCCAGAACCCGGCGCUGCUGCUGGCGGCACCCCGAUUCGGCGGAGGCGCAAUUCGGUCGAUUCCGCCGGACGCGGAGGCGGAGGCGGAGGGGGCCCGCACGGGAUCCCCGGCCGGAUCGCGGCCAACGGGGCCAGCGGCGUCGCCUCCCUGUUCACGCAGCAGGGCAAGAAGGGCACCAACCAGGACGCCAUGAUCGUCUGGGAGAAUUUUGGUUCAAGAACAGACACAGUAUUUUGUGGGGUUUUCGAUGGUCACGGACCUUAUGGCCACUUGGUUGCGAGGAGAGUAAGAGAUCUUCUCCCUCUGAAGCUGAGUGCCAACUUAGGAAGUGAUGAUAGUAUAGAAGAAACUCCAUUCGGAUGCCUAGAUGAGGAGAUCAGUGUAACUCUUGAAUCUGAAAAGAAAGAAAAGCAACCCGAUAUCUUUGCAACUUUGAAGAAGUCAUUCCUGAAGGCUUUUAAAGUUAUGGAUAAGGAAUUGAAACUGCAUGGCAACAUUGAUUGCUUAUAUAGUGGGACAACGGCAGUCACAGUGGUCAAGCAGGAUCAAGAUCUUGUGAUCGGGAACUUGGGCGACUCAAGAGCUCUCUUGGGGACUCGAGAUCAAAAUAAUCGCUUGAUUGCUGUUCAGUUGACUGUAGACCUUAAACCAAAUCUUCCAAGGGAAGCUGAAAGAAUCAGGCGAUGCAGGGGGAGGGUUUUUGCACUUCGUGAUGAGCCAGAGGUUGCUCGUGUUUGGCUGCCAAACUGUAACUCCCCGGGCUUGGCAAUGGCACGGGCAUUUGGGGAUUUUUGCCUGAAGGAGUUCGGUAUAAUUUCCGUGCCAGAAGUCUCCUACCGACGCAUUACUGAAAGGGAUGAGUUCAUUGUGCUGGCCACUGAUGGGGUAUGGGAUGUACUAACUAACAAAGAAGUGGUCGACAUUGUUGCCUCAGCCCCUUCCCGGUCCUCUGCAGCACGAUCGCUUGUUGAGUCGGCGAUUCGAGCAUGGCGGUUCAAAUACCCCACUUCGAAAAUCGAUGACUGUGCUGCAGUCUGCCUCUUCCUCAAUACCGACGCCACCGACGAAUCCCCUGACCUCAAGACCAAAGAUGAGGGCGUGUCAUCUGAUUCAGCUGAAGCAUUACGGAAAGUCCAUCCUGACGAUGAUAAGAAAAGCCCUCAGUCCCACUCACACCAUGAAUCGAAUGACAAUGAUAUCGCCGCCCCGAACGAGGGAGAAGAGUGGUCCGCCCUAGAAGGGGUGUCGCGGAUGAACACGCUAUUAACUUUGCCGAGGUUUGCUGCUCCUGGGGGAAAGCAGCCCUGAAGCAACAAGAAAUGAGCUUUCAUUUUGUCGAUUGUUUUGAUUAAGGAGAGCGAAAGCCGGCUUUAUUAGCAUGUCCGGGAGUUCUCUCUGUUGCUAUUUCCGUACUCGAGUGUGUGUAGGGUUUGCGGUUCUUGUAAAGUCCCAGCUCUAUACAGUGGUGAUUUAUUUAUUACUGUUGUUUAUAAUAAUUUUGUCGAUUGGCCCAAGUAUCUUUAUUAUUACUCGACGGUCCUCCAUUUGUAUUCUUUGAAUCUUCUUACUUGAUUGUACUUGUUUUGUUAGUCGUUAUAUUGCUUUUAGGCCGCGAAAUUGUGAACAAAUUUCAAUACAAGAGUCUCUAUGAUAAUUCAUUUAUGCGAAAA